AUGUCUACCUCCAGAAAUCACAAAUUGUCCACUUCCUCUUCUUCACCAAGCACAACACUUUCCAAUUCUCCACAACAUGUAUCAUCAUGUACUUACAACAACAUCCCUACAUCAGCAACACCCUCCUCUAAACCUUCAUCACCAUCAUUGCCAUUCAGUAGAAAGAUCUCCUUUCCUUCUACUUUCAAAAGGCAAAAUUCCAUCUCAAAGCCAACCACACUUCUGAAUCAUGAAGACUAUGUCACCUCGAGCUCCCAACAUUCCACGAGCUCCUCGUUCGCGAGCCUCGAUGUUCUGAACAAUUCUGCUGCUACUGGUGUGAAUAGUAACUAUUCAAUGAAAUUCGGAAACUCCUCCUUUUCUUCUACCUCCAUCACCAGCAACGAAAGCAACGGCACUUCAUCCUCUUGUCCAAGUAAUCAGAUCUACUCCUCUUCCGCCUGUAAAAUAUCUCCUAUCGAAUACGACAAUCCUGAUACAAGCUCUAAAUAUUCUGACACUUCCAAGGGUAGCGCUGAUUUAAGUGGAAAACCACAUUAUGAACAAUUAAAACAUCAACAUGGUGUAUCUCAAAAGAAAUCCUCUCAGCUAAGCCCAAUCCAUGAAGGAAUUGUGCAUCAAAUGUAUGACUAUUUACAAACUUCCCAACAAGCAAACUCGAAACUAAAAAACAUUCCUCAUAAACCAAGACCAACAACAAAAUUUUCAUUUAGUCACAGACAUGACGAGGAGGAUGAGGAAGAACAUGAUGACAUGCUGGAUAUUCUGAGCUCAACAUUACCCACCAAAGCAAAUUUAAUGAAAUCCAAUCCUUCAAGCAAGAGAGUUCUUGGGACGAUAGCCGAUGAUUGGAAAUUUAAAAAAUCAUAUACAAGCUCAGAAGAUGAAGAGGAUUCCCAACAUGGUGACUCUGCCUCAGACGAAGAAAAUAUGAGCAAAAAUUCAUCAAGCAAAUCGUAUCAACCAACCUCAGAGUUUCAAAAACUGAAAAAAUCCAAUACUACCAAUGCAAAGAAUCGUUGGUUUAAAUUUAAAUCCAACAUUGAUGAUGAAGAGGAGGAUGAUAAUUCUGAACAUGACGAUUCAGCCAGUGAUAACAACAAUAGCGAUACAACAAGCAGCACUACUGAUGAUGAAGAGGAGACGUCUUUUAACGACAAGGAAACUAUUUCUAUGCCUUUGACAUUCGACACUUCUCUACAGAAAGAUACAGAUUUUAAUGAGGAUUUUCCUGUUGUAGAAAAUAGUUUAAUGUCAUUGGACAAUUUGGAUAAGCGUGAAAUGUUGACUCUUUUUUUGUUACAACAUGUCUCAAGACAAUACAAUCCAGAUCCAAACUUUUUUAUUUCUCUUCUGAGAAGGCUUCACAAAGAAGGAUAUUUGACAGAUACAAGAUUUUUGGACCAAAAGUUUUUAAAGCAAACAUGUAAACACUUUAUGAAGGAUGUUGUAGAGAAUUGGCCAAUCGCCUUUGUAGAUAAUAGUGAUCACACUGUGAGAACGUCACCUCGUGCAAAAACAACGGAGAGUUUUUCAUCGUCAUCAUCACGACUCAAACAUGCAGGUGGUUUGUCGAGGUCUGAAAGUUAUCAUUCAUUUCUCUCGACGGCUGGCCAUGAAAAUAUGAGCAAACAGCCUGCAACUUUACUGACAUCACUUCCACUAUUUGAUCCAUUAUUUUUCAGUCCAAGCAGGUACAAGUCAGAUUUUCAUCACAAACAACGUAUUGGACGCGGAGCAUUUGGAGUUGUGUUUGUUUGUAAGCACAAGAUCGAUGGGCACUAUUAUGCUAUUAAGAAAAUUAAAUUUUCAUUUAGGGAUAAGAGUGAACUGAAAGAAGUUUAUGGACAAGUGAUUAGAGAGGUACGAGCAUUGGCAGCCCUAGAUCAUCCUAGAAUUGUUCGCUAUAACCAAGCAUGGUUCGAGCCAAAUCGAAAUGGCAUGCAUGAUGACGAAAUUCCACACAACACAGAAUUUGAGGAUGCAGAGGAAUCUAUUGGUACCAGAACGAAUCAUGAUCGAUCCGUUAGUGCCAAUUUACAGACUUCAGAGAGUUCAAAAAAUUUUGAACAUACUUCAAGAGACAAUGACUUCUCGAGUGGAUUUGGUACUCCCAAAAGUCCUCUUUCGUAUGACAUGGAUUCGAAACAGAUUGCGAAAGAUUAUCCAAACACUAUUUCAUUUGAAAGCUCAGAAAGUGGAAAUCUUGUACCCACCUCUCAACCAACUCUUGGUGUUGGCAAUAUUGAAUAUUCUUACAGCUCACCUCCAAACAAUAUGAGCUAUCUUGAAUUUGCUUUGGAGCAAAAGAGAGAACCUUAUGACACUCAUUUACUGAACACCUUACGAGACAUGUUUAACCCUAAAAAUCAGAAAUUUGAAAUGGUGUUGUUUAUUCAAAUGCAAUUGUGCAAUCCACAUACAUUAGAAGAUUGGUUGUGGUCACCAGAACGAUCUCAAGAAAAGAAACUCGACCAUGCCGAAGCACUCAACUUUUUCAGCCAAAUUUGUGACGGCAUUAAGCACGUGCAUUCCCGUGGUGUGAUUCAUAGAGAUUUGAAACCCUCAAACAUAUUUUUAACCUCAGAUAAUACGAUCAAAAUUGGUGAUUUUGGCUUGGCAAAGUAUUGCCUGGAAACGUUGAAUCAUACGAGAGCUAAUGCAGAGCAACAUGAUGCCACAACAUCAACUACCGACGCGCCAACACCUCAUCGAAAUAACAACCAUGUGAAUAUGAACACUUCUAUUAUUUCAAGUUAUGGAGCUCCAAUGAGUCCCACUCAUGCCAUCGAUCACACCGUGGGUGUUGGAACCUAUUUUUAUGCAAGUCCAGAACAACUCUCUCAUUCGCAAUACAAUGAGAAGGCGGACAUAUAUUCAUUGGGUGUAAUUUUAUUCGAAUUAUUGCACCCAUUUGGCACCAAGUCGGAAAGAGCCUUUGUGUUAAAAGAUUUAAAGAACGGAAUCAUACCAGAAAGUAUGUGUACAAAAUUUCCAGAGGAGAUGGCCAUCGUGAAGCAAUGCAUCGAUGAGAAUCCAGAUAAAAGGCCAACCGCAGCCGAAAUAUUUGACAGAAUUACACUUUUGACCAAGAAGAUCAAUAUCAAAAAGUCAAUCAAAUCUCUCAAUCCUCCACACCUCGAACGAAAAUCAUCGUUUGGUAAUAGUUCAUCUUUUAUCACAACCGAUCUAUUGAAAGAAAAGAAUCGUGUCAUUGAGGAACAACAAAAAGAAAUCGAACGCUUAAAGCAGCUUUUGCAACAACAACAAGUAUCUUCGUCGACAUCAGUGACAACUGUGGACAAGUCUGUGGGUGAUGAAUGA